ACUUUUAAUGCUCAUUAAUAGGAGUAAAGCUUAUAUUCAUUAAAAUACUGCAUGUAAAUUUCAUGACUUAAAAUAUCUAAGCGACUAUUCACCUUCCCUUCCACAACAAAAUAACCUCUUUCUAACUCCAUCUUCAUGGACUUCUCUUCAACGCAAGACCUCAAAUCUCAACCUUUAUGGCUCCUUCUUCCACUCGCUCUUGCUUUUCUUUCUCUACUAAAAUCAUCCCUUCAAAUCUUGAAUUGGGUGUUCGUUAAUUUCCUCAGACCCGCUAAAAACCUCAAGAAAUACGGGUCAUGGGCAUUGGUUACGGGUCCUACAGAUGGUAUUGGUAAAGCCUUUGCCUUCCAACUGGCCAGUAAAGGACUAAAUUUGGUUCUUGUGGGUCGGAAUCUUGCUAAACUAAACGAUGUUUCAGAUUUAAUCCGUACUAAAUUCAAACAAACCCGAAUCAAAAUUGUCGUGGUUGAUUUUAGUUGUGAUUUAGAUCAUGGGAUUGAAAGGAUUAAGGAAACGGUUGAUGGUAUAGAUGUUGGGGUUUUGAUAAAUAACGUUGGGGUUUGUUAUCCUUAUGCUAGAUUUUUUCAUGAAGUCGAUGAUAAGUUGAUGUCUGAUUUAAUUAAGGUUAACGUUGAAGGGACGACUAAAGUUACAAAUGUCGUCUUGACUGGAAUGAUCAAGAGAAAGAAAGGAGCUAUUGUUAAUAUUGGGUCGGGUGUUGCAGUUGUUAUGCCUUCUAGUCCUCUUUAUGCACUUUAUGCUGCUACUAAAGCUUACAUCAAUCAAUUUUCAAGGUGCCUCUAUGUCGAAUACAAGAAUAGUGGUAUCGAUGUGCAGUGUCAGAUACCCUUGUAUGUGGCAACAAAGAUGUCUUCCCGUAGAAGGGCAUCCUUGUUUGUUGCAUCAACAGAUGCUUAUGCUCAAGCUGCCAUACGUUUUAUUGGUUAUGAACCACAAUGCAUGCCUUAUUGGCAACAUUCGAUCUUGUGGGCUUUUGCAAGAUUGUUACCAGAGUACAUUAUUCAAGGUUGGUGGAUGGAUAUUGUCGCCGGUAAUAGUGUCGCCACUAAAGGGUUGCCACCCGAAUCAGCGCUUUCCCCCUCUGUUACAUCUGAACCGUUCGAUGAGAUAUCCAAUCCAACGGGUGGGGUGUCUUAUCUUGUCUAA